UCCCCAAGCAGGAGCACGUUAGAAAGCCCCGGGCCAUGGCCUGACUUGGGACAGCUCAGAGCAGGGCAGAACUGGGAACACUCUAAGCCAGGCUGCCUGCCUGCAUGGACGCUGUGAAGAAGCCACCCUGUCCCUGGCUGAACCAGGGGUGAGGAAAGAGUGACAGGGGCUGGUGUGUGCCAAGAAGAGCUUGGAGCCAGGAAGCAUUUGCUGGACAGACCGAGGCACUUGGCCCCCUCACAGGAAGAAGAAGCCUACAUGUGAUAACAAGAAGUAAAUUGGUGUUAGAAAAGAUGGAAAAGCUCUUCUCCACAGGGCUCUGCGGGAAAUAGGUGAAGGAUCUUGCAGUAGAACACAUACCUGGCUCACCUUCAUUGCACAUCAAGGUCAAGGUCUGAAUUUUCUGCUGCUACUCAGAAAGAUGCUUUUUAUCUUUAACUUCUUGUUUUCCCCACUCCCAACCCCGGCACUGAUCUGCCUCCUGACGUUUGGAACCGCCAUCUUCCUGUGGCUGAUCAACAGACCUCAGCCAGUCCUACCUCUCAUUGACUUGAACAGUCAGUCUUUGGGGAUCGAGGGAGGAGCGCGGAAGGGUGCUUCCCAGAAGAGCAAUGAACUAAUACGUUACUACUUCUCAGAUGCCAAGACAGUGUAUGAAAUUUUCCAAAGAGGACUUGCUGUUUCUGACAAUGGCCCCUGCUUGGGAUACAGAAAACCAAACCAGCCCUAUAGAUGGCUGUCCUACAAACAGGUGUCUGAUCGAGCAGAGUACCUGGGCUCCUGUCUCUUACAUAAAGGAUAUAAGCCAUCACCAGACCAAUUUGUUGGCAUUUUCGCUCAGAAUAGGCCAGAGUGGGUCAUCUCCGAGUUGGCUUGUUACACAUACUCCAUGGUAGCUGUCCCCCUGUAUGACACCUUGGGAGCAGAAGCCAUCAUAUAUAUUGUCAAUAAGGCUGAUAUUCCUGCAGUCAUCUGUGAUACAUUCCAAAAGGCAUCAGUGCUGAUAGAAAAUGUGGAAAAGGGCCUCACCCCAGGCCUGAAGAUGGUCAUCCUCAUGGACCCUUUUGAUGAUGACCUGAAGCAAAGAGGAGAGAAGUGUGGAGUUGAGGUCUUAUCCUUGGUUGAUGCUGAGACUCUAGGCAAAGAGAACUUCAGAAAACCUGUGCCUCCAAACCCGGAAGACCUGAGCAUCAUCUGUUUCACCAGUGGAACCACAGGUAACCCCAAAGGAGCUAUGAUAACCCAUCAGAAUGUUGUUUCAAAUACUGCUGCUUUUCUCAAAACUCUGGAGCAUACUUUCCAUCCCAGUACUGAAGAUGUGACCAUAUCCUACCUCCCCCUGGCUCAUAUGUUUGAGAGGGUUGUACAGGGUGUUAUGUACUCCUGUGGAGCCAGAGUUGGGUUCUUCCAAGGAGAUAUCCGGUUGCUUCCUGAUGACAUGAAGACUUUGAAACCCACAGUGUUUCCCACAGUGCCUCGACUCCUUAACAGAAUCUAUGAUAAGGUACAAAAUGAAGCCAAGACACCCUUCAAGAAGUUCUUGUUGAACUUGGCUAUUGCCAGUAAAUUCAAUGAAGUAAAAAAUGGUAUCAUCAGGCGUGACAGUUUGUGGGACAAGUUCAUAUUUUCAAAGAUCCAGGACAACCUGGGUGGAAAGAUUCGUGUCAUGAUUACUGGAGCUGCUCCCAUCUCCACCCAGGUCUUGACAUUUCUCCGGGCAGCCCUGGGAUGUUCGGUAUUUGAAGCUUAUGGUCAAACAGAAUGCACAGCUGGCUGUACAAUUACAUCACCUGGGGACUGGACGACAGGUCAUGUUGGGGCCCCCGUGGCUUGCAACUAUGUGAAGCUGGAAGAUGUGGCUGACAUGAACUACUUUGCAGUAAACAAUGAAGGAGAGAUCUGCAUCAAGGGCACUAAUGUGUUCCAAGGAUACCUAAAAGACCCCGAGAAGACACAGGAAGCCCUGGACAAGGAUGGCUGGCUUCACACUGGGGACAUUGGCCGCUGGCUUCCAAAUGGAACUCUGAAGAUCAUUGACCGGAAAAAGAACAUUUUCAAACUGGCACAAGGAGAAUACAUUGCUCCAGAGAAGAUAGAAAACAUCUAUAUCAGAAGUAGACCAGUGUCACAAGUUUUUGUACAUGGGGAGAGCUUACAGUCAUCCUUAGUAGGAGUGGUGGUUCCUGAUCCAGAAGUGCUUCCCUCAUUUGCUGGCAAGCUUGGGGUUAAGGGUUCCUUUGAAGAACUGUGCCAAAACCAAACUGUAAAGGAAGCCAUUUUAGAAGACUUGCAGAAAAUUGGGAAAGAAGGUGGCCUAAAAUCCUUUGAACAGGUUAAAAGCAUCUUUCUUCAUCCAGAACCGUUCUCGAUUGAAAAUGGGCUCUUGACGCCAACAUUGAAAGCAAAAAGAGGAGAGCUCUCCAAAUUCUUUCAGAUCCAAAUUGGCAGCCUGUAUGAGAGUAUCCAGGAGUAGGUUAAGUUUGCUGCUGAGCUGGAAGCUGUGGGGAAGGAGCUGAAACUUAUGUCCAGUGAACUUUUCCAGUAAAUGAAGCAAGCACUGAAUAAAACCCUCCUGCACUGGGAACAAAGAUCUAUGGGCAAACAUGACACCCACAACAGGCUUAUCUUCUGUGAAGGAACCUACUGAUAUGUCUCCCUGGACUCCAUUUUCUGCUGUACCAAACCCCCAGAUAGCACUUG